AUGUGGUUUGAAGAUCGUUCAGUUUCCAACAUCAAGAUGUCAUCGAUAGUCGAGGAAUGGCGAGACCUCUGGUCCUUCAAGGCCGAGUUUAUGUUAGUGGGGUUGUCCUACUUGUUUGCCACCACAAAUCUUCUCAAUCUGCCUAGAUUGAUUCUUGAUAACGGAGGACGUAAGUAUAUUUUUACAUUUUAUGCAUCAUUAAUGUUUGGUGGUACUUCCUUAUACGAAAAUUUUAAUGUUUACAAUUAAUAUACCUUUUAUAAUUCUAGUUGCCUUCGUGGCUGCUUAUUCCGCCGCAAUUCUGGCGGUGGUUCUUCCGAUCGUUCUCCUCGAGUUAUCAAUAGGUCAGCUUACCGGACGAGGUCCAGUUCAAGCCCUUUAUAACAUCUGCCCUAUAUUCAAGGGCGUCGGCGUUUCCCAGAUAUUCGUAUCUUUUAUCACGGUUGUUUGUUUUGCAAGAUACCUGGCUUGGUUAUUACUUUACCUGUUCCAUUUGUUUUGGACGGUCUUGGAUGAGCGACCGGGCCUCCCUUGGAUCAAUUGCCAGAACUUCCCUGAAUUACAGGCAACGCCAUGCAUUGAACCUACAGUAAUUGCAAAUGCAUCAACUGAUUUUGGACAGACUGUUCGAUUGUCUACCCUCAGGGAGUCGUCUGCUUUGGUUCACUUUAUGGGAGCUUUGGAGAAUCCCAGCAAUAGUAUCAUUGAGAUCGGCCAGAUCCAGUUAUAUCUGCUGAUUGCUCAAGGAAUUGUGUGGAUUUUGGUCUUCUCGGCCAUCUGUUUUGGAGUCCGAUGGCUUGGCAAAGUGACAGUAUUCACGUUCAUGACGCCUCUUUGCUUAAUCUUGAUUCUUUUGGCCAGAAUUCUAUUCCUGAACGGGGCCAUCCCUAUGUUUGAAAGGUUGUAUUACAUUACCGAUUGGAACAGACUGGCUGAUUACAAUGUCUGGAAGUUGGCUGUCGAACAAGCAAUCGUUGCCAGUGGUGUGGGUUUCGGAGUUUUUAUUACAAUAGGGUCCUAUAACAAGAGGACGAAUAAUGUGGUCAGGUUAGUUGAUUUACAGCUAACCGUUAAAAAUUGUAGUGGAUUACUUAUAAGAUAAUUCCAGAGAUUCUAUUUUCAUCAUCAUUGGCCAUUUCUUCCUUACAGCAAUACAAUUGUCCACGAUCUUUGGUUUGGUUGGAUACCUGAGCUACAAAACAAACUUGGUUCCGCUCGAAAUCUUAGGAAAUGGUAAAAAAAAUUUUGGUUGUCGGUCAUUUGGGCAGACCGUGUCGGCCCAAUAUUCCAAUAUUGCAAAAUUGUUUGACCAGCUAGCGAAAGGGGUUAGGGUACUCCGUGUUCACAUCGGAGGAUAGGUCAUCAAUAGCCAAGCUCUCGAUCUAGGUCGUGAGCAAUCCAUUUUGAAAAUAUUUUGUUAUCCAAAAUGUUUUCAAACUGGAACGUCGUCAAUUGACAAGGAAAGUACUUUUAUGGGGACUCCUACUUUUCGACGGGACAUACAUAUCUCAAAAAAUCCGAAAAAACGUGCUGAUUAAAAGUUUUAGUUUUGAAAAUUACCGUAUACGGGAAUUACGGUAGGUACAAUUUUCAGAAUGAUUGGGUCCGUGCGUAAAAACUCCAAAGAGUAAAAGGGCGAAACUUCGCUGUUUUACGUUUUCGACCAUGGGGAAUAUUUUCAUAAUUGACACUUUCGCCGUAGGAUGUAGCCUUCGACUACUUUGAAAAAUACCAAGGUACCAUAUUGAAUAUAACUUUUUUGCAGAGAACUUAUCUCAACUUUUGAAACCUCUCAAAAAUACUUUGACAUGUAUGUAACAACAUAUCAAAAAUGCGCGAAAAAGGGGUGGUUUUGGAGUUACGGUACUUUGAUUGUGGCCCGGACGGUAUAUCAAAAAAUAAUUUUUUUCAAAAUCGGUGUAGAAAUCUCGCCAAAAUACGUUUUCGACCAUGGAUAACAUUUUUGUAAUUAACAAUUUUUCUGUAGGAUGUCGUCUUCGACUACUUGAAAAAUGACCAAGGUACCAUGGUCAAUAUAACUUUUCGGCAUUCUAUUUGUCUCAACUUUUGAAACCUCUCAAAAAUACUUUGACAUGUAUGUAACAACAUAUCAAAAGUGCACGAAAAUAAAAGGGGUGGUUUUGGAGUUAUGGUACUUUGAAUGUAGCCGGUACCGUAUUUUAAUUUUUUCAAAAUAGGUGUAGAACAGCCGCAAACCUUGCUAAUGUACGUUUUCCACCAUAAGGAACAUUUUUGUAAUUGACACUUUUUUUGUAGGAUGCAGUCUUCAACCGGUAUGAGAAAUAUCAAGAUACCAUGGUCAAUAUAACUUUUCGGCAUUCUACUUGUCUCAACUUUUGAAACCUUUCAAAAACACCUUGACGUAUGUGUAACAACAUAUCAAAAAUUUAGGAAAAUAAAAGGGGUGGUUUUGGAGUUAUGGUACUUUUAACCUUGAUCAUACAGUACACCGAACUUUCGUUGUGAUGCUGACAUCCGAAUUUGGAAGAUUCCACUGCCGUAUGGCACACACAACUCUAGACCGUGGUAAUCGUUACAAAAAAUUGAAGAAAUCGCUGAUCUUGCUGUUACAGUAGCCAAUUAUCUGCGCACGAUAUGUUACAGUAUGCUUAGGCCUAAAUUUUCUGAAUUUCCUAGUGAAAAUUGUUUUUGAGGGUCGUACAACAUACAUAAAACAUUGCAUUUUGUUUUUAAGACAAUCUACGUAAAGUUGAGCCGAGAAUAAAUCGAGGUGUACUGUAUGUCCAACAUUCAAAGUACCAUAACUCCAAAACCACCCCUUUUAUUUUUCUAAAUUUUUGAUAUGUUGUUACACAUACGUCAAGGUGUUUUUGAAAGGUUUCAAAAGUUGAGACAAGUAGAAUGCCGAAAAGUUAUAUUGACCAUGGUAUCUUGAUAUUUCUCAUACCGGUUGAAGACUGCAUCCUACAAAAAAAGUGUCAAUUACAAAAAUGUUCCUUAUGGUGGAAACCGUACAUUAGCAAGGUUUGCGGCUGUUCUACACCUAUUUUGAAAAAAUUAAAAUACGGUACCGGCUACAUUCAAAGUACCAUAACUCCAAAACCACCCCUUUUAUUUUCGUGCAUUUUUGAUAUGUUUUUACAUACAUGUCAAAGUAUUUUUGAGAGGUUUCAAAAGUUGAGACAAAUAGAAUGCCGAAAAGUUAUAUUGACCAUGGUACCUUGGUCAUUUUUCAAGUAGUCGAAGACGACAUCCUACAGAAAAAUUGUUAAUUACAAAAAUGUUCUCCAUGGUCGAAAACGUAUUUUGGCGAGAUUUCUACACCGAUUUUGAAAAAAAAUUAUUUUUUGAUAUACCGUCCGGGCCACAAUCAAAGUACCGUAACUCCAAAACCACCCCUUUUAUUUUCGCGCAUUUUUGAUAUGUUGUUACAUACAUGUCAAAGUAUUUUUGAGAGGUUUCAAAAGUUGAGACAAGUUCUCUGCAAAAAAGUUGGGGCUAAGGUAGUACAGCCCCCCAGUCCAGUUUAGCCCCCCAUGACCCAGUACAACCCCCCUCGUCCAUUCUGAACCCCAGAAUUUAUUUCAAAGAAUUAAUCCAAGUUGUAUGGUCCAGCACAAGCCCCCUACGUUUUAGAUGAAGCCCCCUACGUUUUAGUUCAAGCCCCUUACGUUUUAGAUGAAGCCCCCUACGUUUUAGUUCAAGCCCCUUACGUUUUAGAUGAAGCCCCCUACGUUUUAGUUCAAGCCCCUUACGUUUUAGAUGAAGCCCCCUACGUUUUAGUUCAAGCCCCUUACGUUUUAGAUGAAGCCCCCUACGUUUUAGUUCAAGCCCCUUACGUUUUAGAUGAAGCCCCCUACGUUUUAGUUCAAGCCCCCUACGUUUUAGGUCAAGCCCCCUACGUUUUAGAUCAAACCCCCAACGUAGUAGAUCAAACCCCCACUUACAUUUUUUGUAUUAUUCUAAUUUGUUCAUUAUGUGGGGGUGUGAAACGGGCAAAACAGUGGGGGUUUGAACUACCUUUCGUGGGGGGGGCUGAACUACCGAAGCCCCAAAAAGUUAUAUUCAAUAUGGUACCUUGGUAUUUUUCAAAGUAGUCGAAGGCUACAUCCUACGGCGAAAGUGUCAAUUAUGAAAAUAUUCCCCAUGGUCGAAAACGUAAAACAGCGAAGUUUCGCCCUUUUACUCCUUGGAGUUUUUACGCACGGACCCAAUCUUUCUGAAAAUUGUACCUACCGUAAUCCCCGUAUACGGUAAUUUUCAAAACUAAAACUUCACGCUGACGUUCAGCUAUCGUAGUACAACAACUAUGCAAAAUAUCAAAAGAUUCUGAGCUGGUCGUUUUUUCGAAACGUCCGGCCCUUGUUAUGAGAAGCUUCAAUCUGUAAAAAACUCUCUUUUAAUUUUUUCGCAGGUUUACAAAUUUUAUUUUAGCUUAAAACGAUGUUUCUUGUGUUUCCAAGACGUAAUAUGUAAAUAAGUCUUACCAGGGAAGUGUACAAACGAACCCUCACCAAAUGAUAAGUGACGUACGUCAUUGAAGAGCCCUUGAAAAAUGGUACAAGACACCAUUUUCAUUUUUUGCAGAAUGCCAAAAAAUGAAAAUGCUGUAAAUUGUAUUAUUUAACAUACUGUAAUUUAAUUAUAUAAUUUUUAGGUCAUUUUGCAACAAAAAUCUUUCUUUCUCUUGGGCAGGAAAAAAGCCUAGUAGAGGGUUGCUUGAAUAGUGCAGUGGUUGCCGAGCAGGCUGGUAAACCUAGUCAGGUUCGGCUCGCAGCUUGGGCAAAAUUCGUUUUAUUCUUUCUUACAGUUAGGAAAAUAUUUUCGUUAAACUUUUGCAAACGUUUUAAUUUUUCUGGAAGACGGUCGAUUAUGGUUAAAACUAUCAAACUUACAUGUUUUUCAACAUUAAAAAAAGUGAAAAGUGUUUUUUCACCUUAUGGGUAUUUAAAAGGCGUCGCGACACUUGCGGGCAACCAGUUUGCGGGCAACCAGUUUGCGGGCAAAUUUUUUGCGGGCAACCACUUUGCGGGAAAAGUUUGAGGGGCCACAUUUGCGGGCAGCUGGAACAUUUGCGGGCAGCCUGGGACAUUUGCGGGCAACCGACAUGGGCAACCGGCACCUGAGGGUAAGAGGGUGGAGAUGGGAAUAUUACUGCGAUAUUUUGGAAAUUUGCCGACAUUUGCGGGCAGCCGACACUUACGGGCAACCGACAUUUGCGGGAAACAGGAAAAAACAAUCACACAGAUUGUAUUGGAACUUUUGGAACUGUUGCCCACAAAUGUUGGCUUCCCGCAAGUAUUGCCUGUCCGGAAAUGUCGGAAAACUUCCAAAAUAUCGCAGUAAGUUUUCCACCUCCACCUUGUUAUCCUCAACUGCCGGUUGCCCGCAAAUGUCGGCAAAUUUCCAAAAUAUCAUAGUAAUUUUUUUACCUUCUCCCUGUUACCCUCAUAAUCAGGUGUCGGUUUCCCGCAAAUGUCCCAGGCUGCCCGCAAAUGCCGGUGCUGGCCGCAAAUGUCGGCUGCCCGCAAAGUGGUUGCCCGCAAAAUGGUUUCCCGGAAGUGUGAGCCCGCCAUUUAAAACCAGUAAAUAUCUUUUGCCCUGAGGCAUUCUGCAAAAAAUGAAAAUGGUCUCUUGCACCAUUUUUCAAGGGCUUUCCAAUGAUGCAUAACACUUGUCAUUUGGGGAGAGUUCGUUUGUACACGUCCCUAGUUAGUAACCCGAAAUUGGGCAGCUAAUUUUUACAUAUACUUGAUCAGCAUAACUUUUCGGAUUUUUGAGAUAUGGCCCGUCUAAAAGUAGGAGCCCCCAUAAAAGUACUUUCCUUGUGAGGAAAACGACCAUUGAGGAAACUGAAAAAUAUUAUUUUUCUUGCAAGCAAGUUUCGAACCCAGAUAAUCGAUAGCGUUGAUUUCAAAAGUCAUUUUUUUUGAUUGUAACUGUUUUUCUCAAGUAAUGUGUACUGUAAAUCAUUACUUUCUCGAAUUUUUGUCACAAAUAUUCGAUUUGGGGUUUCCGAUGGUGCUAAUUUCAAGUCAGGAAAAAUGAAUAUAAGGCGCGUGCGUUCUACUUUUCUUCGGACUUCCUCGCAGAAAACCCGCAUUUCUUGUCUGUGGGCCCGCUAGACAAGAAAUGCGCAAUUCUUGGCUGAGCAGAGAAAAAAAGAAAAAAAUCUUCACGGGGAGAGAGCAGAAAAUUGCGCAAUAUUGCGCAAUGUUACGCAAUUUUAGACGAGAAUUGCGCGUUUCUUGUCUAGCGGGCCCACAGACAAGAAAUGCGGGUUUUCUGCGAGGAUGUCCGAAGAGAAGUAGAACGCACGCGCCUUAUAUGAUUUCCGGGAUCAGCACUAUCGAAAGUCCCUAAAAAAAGUUUAAAAAAUUACUACUUUGCAAUGCCUAAUAAGAAAAAAAGCUACUACAAUCAAAGAAAAUGAAUAUAAUUUUUGAAAAAAACGCUACACGACCUUAGGCCUUUUUGGCGGACUUUCUUGCUCAGCGGACCUUUUUAUCCCCUGCGAUUAUGACAGCCAAACAACAAUUUUUUCCGUUUGGCUAGCCAAAAACCUAGGUUAGUCCAUUAUGGGCAGAUGCCAUUAUGAACGGAUUUCUGAAAUCCUUGCAAAUAUCGUCAACACCCCUGUAUCUUUGUAAAAAAUGUGUAUUUUGCGUAUUACAGUCAUAGUUUGCAAUAUUCUUCUAUGACCUAUGCCGACAUAUUAGGCCAGAAGAUCCAAAAAAUAUAUAUUUUGAAUGUCCGCUGGCCGCAGCGAGCCAAUCAUCGUUUUUUAUCAAAAUUAUUUUAAAUAACUGAAAGCAUCUUUUAAGGACAAGAACAAAUGUGGCAUCUCCUGGUGUACCUCUCUUUUGUUCCGAGUACUAAACUCUUUACCGGAAUAUUACUUUUCUUAAGUAUAUUCGUUCUGCUGAAUAUUUGCGUAAGUAUUUUUCUUUCAUAAUUCAAAUAAUUGGAUCCUUUUGCAGUACUUGCUGGCCCUCAACAUCCUCGCAACAUUUGAGGACGCCUUAGGCGAAAAAUGGUCUAGAUGUUUCCCCCGAUUCGUGCUGGCUUUAUUUAUCUCUCUCCUUGGGGCUGGAGUCGGGGUUUUCUUUGCAACUCAGGCAGGAAAACAUGCCUAUGUUUUGACAACUGGAUACCUCAAGUACGUCACCAUCUGGAUUAUACUCGCGGCUGAACUACUGGCCGUCGCUUGGUUCUAUUGUGCCCAUUCCCUUGGGAGAGACAUGAAAACAAUGGUGCGGAGUGCCUGUUGCUGGUGUCUCGGGUACUUCAUUCUUUUCUUCACGUAUCUUCUUCCCGCAGUUCCUAUUGUAAGUCAAGAACGGUUUAGGAAAAUGCUUUAUAUCAUCCUGAUUUCAGGUCAUUGCUGUUUUAAACAUCCUGGGUUACGACUACAACGAUUUCCCUGAACAGAUCCGCAACUGGGAAUGGAGUGAAUACGUUGGAUUUGCGAUCGCCCUGAUACCGCUACUACCCAUUCCAAUCUUCAUUCUUUUCACAAUUUGCUAUAACUGCAGUGAUCAUUCCGACCUCACACGAUGCCAGAAAUUAAGACAAUCUUUCCGCUCCCCACUGGAUGUGGAAGGAAUGAAACAACGCGAAGAACUUCUGGCUCACAGCGACCCGCAUGAUAAUCGAUAUGCACACACUCCUCAAGGAUAUACACUACUGCCUCAGGCGCCUUUGGCCGAACCCGAAGCCUACAAUGACUUGUAUGGCAACAAUCCGAAUGUACGGAACAUCCCCAUUGUCAGCCACGCCCGUUAA